AUGGUCUUCACCGGGGAUAUACUUGCAAACUUCGUCGAUCGGUUGAUUAAAACUAUCGACGUUUGACAAAGCGAGUUAUUCCGUCUGCAGCGUUAUGAUAUUAAGUUGACAAUAUGUUGUCCGUAAAGUGUUUGGUUCUGCUGCUCAUCGCUGAAGUUUAUGCCGAAACGUGUUCAUCAUAUUAUGGCGGAAUUUACACGUAUUGCGAGUCCGGGACCUAUUGCUGCUACGACGAUACUCGAUGUUGCUCCGCCCUGAGCUCAGGGGGCAUUGCGGGUAUUGUGAUCGGCAUCAUCUCCAGCAUCACGAUAUGCGUGGUUAUCUGUGUCUGCUGCUACCGCAGGCGUAAUGCUGCUCCUGGACAGGUGCUGCAACCGAAUGCCGGUACUCAGAUGGUUAUUUCAAGCGUCAAUCAACAGAACACCACCGUUGCUGCUCCGCAUUACCCCGCGCAAUAUCCGGCGCAAUAUCCGUACCCUGCCUAUCCGCAGGGGCACCAGCAGCCGCAAUAUCCGGGACACCAGCAGCCGCCGACGCAAUAUCAGGCGGCAUAUCCUCCACCCGCUUACAACUACGGGCAGCCGCCCUCGGGUCAAGACGUUCCGCCGGCACUUCCGGCUAAGAUGCGAUAAACCGAUGGGAUUGUGAGAUCCCACUAAUACAUUCAGCACAUACAGGAAGAUGACACGAGACAUUGAUAUCAUGGGAUCAUUAUAAAUUUAUACUGCAUAUUGUUGUUAGAGAAUUUGCAUGCAUUAAUUAUCAUGCGAAAAGGUUACAUUACACUAAAUAUUCGAGUCAGCUGUACUCUCUUAAAAAAUAACAUAUUUUUACUCGAAGGCAUGUUUUACACUUAAGACUGUUGUUCUAGUUUUAUCUAUAGAUUGUAAUUUUAAAAAAGCUGCGGAACUUAAGAUGACUAGGUCAGUAGUGUUAGACCUUGCACACCCUUCAAUGUAAAUAUUGGCAAACAUGUACACACACGACCGAUUUUUGUGGCUUUCAGUUUUAUGUUUGUUUGUUGUGUGUGGAAGAGGGGGGGGGGGUGUAUUCUAAUGUACCAUGAAUAUAUGUAUAUAUAUAUUGAAUUAUUGAUUUGGUUAUAAUUAAUAUUUUCUGACACGUGACAUUAUUUUAUUUAUAAUUGUAUGUAUUAACGACGAUGUGCCUAUGUUUAAGUCUUAAUAAACUGUCUGUUCUCUUCUGUGCAUGAAACUCGCACGAUUA